AUUGCGUUUGGGAGGCUGAUGAGGGAGCAAGAAACGGCUCAACUUCAAAUUCCACAGGCUGCUUUUGAGGGAACUGUAAUCCCUUUUUUUGUCAGCAGCCCAAUGGCUCACGUACACUUGAAGGACAAGAUUGAGUUGGAGAAGAGUGUGAGGAGGUUUCGAGAGACCUUCCGAGGGAACGUGUCCUUGGAGUUAGCGGUGCUGCUGAUGCACAGGUACCGCAGUGAUUACCAACUGGUGGCUAAACACAUCAUUCUGAUGGGCACUGACCCGGACACUGAUGGUCUAGAUGCUGACGACAGGAGAGAGAUAGAGGCCAGCCCAAUUCUCCAGGAUGUCAUCCAGACGCUCCAAGCUGAAGAAAGGGAAGCGAAGGCGAAGAAAAUGAAGAUCAAGGAGGAUCCUGACGUAAAGAAACUGGUCUCGCAGUUGACACAGAUGAACCUGAAGCUGUUUAAUCAGGCCAAUGCCAAGCAGAUACCGUGGGUGGAGAAAGAGUUUGCGUGCCCGCUGUGCGAUCAUUACUGGUGGAGGAGAGUGCCGGAUAGGAAACAGGUCUCCAGGUGUCGGAAGUGUAAGGUGAAGUACAACCCAGUACCGGUUGACAAAAUGUGGGGCUAUGCUGAAUUUCACUGCCAGCGCUGUGGCAACAUCUUUGGGGGCUUUGGACAGAUGGGCCUGCCCGCUCCGUGCUACGUUUGUCAGAGUGGCGUGACUCCUCUGCGUAUCCUUCCACCGAAGAAGGGGGUUGGUCCUCGAAGCCGAAGACCCCACAGUUGUUACGCUGAGGACUGCUACAAUCGCAAAGAACCUCACAUCCCUGGGACACACUGUGUUCACCCCCGCAGCAGGCAACGGAGAGGCCUACCCAAGGUCCUGCAUCCCAGCGUGGAGCACCACAGCACAGGUUCAACUGUCGCCACCUGUCUGAGCCAGGGCAGUCUCAUGGAGUGUCACGUGGAUGAUAUCAUCGAGGAGGACAUCCUGGAGGAGGAAGAGGAGGAGGUCACGACUGAGGAAGAUGACGACUCGACGGAAAAGUCAGUCGACGGCAACAGCGCCAACGGAGACUGACCGGACCGUGAAGCCUUGCCAGACACACGGCUGUCUGUCCAGCGCCUGUCUCACACCAGCUCCCACCCACUCAGCGUCCCCCUACUCAUGGCCCUGAGUAACGUACAUUCCAAUGACCCGGCAAUCACCCGCACCUCUCAUCAUGGUUAUGGUGAGCCUUGUGCUUGGGGGCGUGUCCUGCACCUUGGAAUUUAAACCUCUACUUCCUCUUGCCGAACGGCACCCGUUUUGGACGGGAGAACACAGAACAUCCACGUUUCCGACCUACUGCAGAGAAAGGAAGGUUUGGGUUUUACUUGUAGGUCAGCAGGAGGUGUCUCAGGCUGAUUAACAAUGGGUGGCAUCACUGCCCUGAGCUUUUCCUUCCACCCCCCCAGAUUCAUUUGAUUUGUCCCUGUGUGUUGGGGGGUGUGUGUGUGUCUGCGUGUGUGUGUACGCACGCGCGCAUGUGUAUGUGUGUGUGUGUGUAUC